AUUUGUACCAAAACGGCUAUACUCAGCAGAACCUAUCGCAUUGCUACAGCUUUACGUUAGGAAGAACUGAUAAGCCGGACAUUCCCAAGAACAAUUGAGGCGCCAGCAGCAGAGCUUCUCGCAACGAUGUCGCUGGUGAAAGUGAAGAAGGGCGAGGAGGAGGAGGACAGCAUGAUCAUCAAGCCAGAGGCUGUGGGAUCCAACGUCGACACCUCACACUGGCCUCUGCUAUUGAAGAACUGGGAUCAAUUGCUCAUUCGAACUGGUCACUUCACACCUAUUCCUGCUGGCUGCACACCUCUCAAGCGCGACUUGAAAUCAUAUGUCUCCUCGGGCGUCAUCAACCUCGACAAGCCUUCGAACCCGUCCUCACACGAGGUUGUCGCGUGGCUCAAACGCAUCCUUCGUGUCGACCGCACCGGUCACUCCGGUACCCUCGAUCCAAAGGUCACAGGCUGCUUGAUCGUCUGCAUUGACCGUGCCACGAGAUUGGUGAAGAGUCAGCAAGGUGCCGGAAAGGAAUACGUUGCAGUCCUUCGGCUCCACGACAAGCUCCCUGGUGGACGAGCACAGUUGGCACGCGCGCUGGAGACGCUCACAGGUGCACUCUUCCAGCGCCCCCCACUCAUCUCUGCCGUGAAGAGACAGCUUCGUAUCCGAACCAUUCACGAGAGUAAGCUGAUUGAGUUCGACAAUGAUCGCCAGCUGGCUGUCUUCUGGGUUUCCUGCGAGGCAGGAACCUACAUUCGAACCCUUUGCGUACAUCUGGGUCUUCUCCUUGGUGUGGGUGGUCACAUGCAAGAGCUGCGUCGUGUUCGAUCCGGAGCGAUGAAGGAGGAUGAUGGGAACAUGGUCACUCUCCACGAUUGCUUGGAUGCUCAAUACCUCUACGACAACCAGCGUGACGAGUCGUAUCUGCGCACAGUCAUCCAGCCGCUCGAGACGCUUCUCACCACCUACAAGCGCAUUGUGGUCAAGGACAGUGCGGUCAAUGCGGUGUGCUACGGUGCGAAGCUCAUGAUUCCUGGCCUUCUUCGCUACGAGGCUGGUAUUGAGGUUUACGAGGAGGUCGUCCUCAUGACCACCAAGGGCGAGGCCAUUGCACUUGCCAUUGCACAGAUGAGCACUGUUGAACUGUCUUCAUGCGAUCACGGUGUUGUUGCCAAAGUGAAGCGUUGCAUCAUGGAGCGUGAUCUCUACCCACGCCGAUGGGGCAUGGGUCCUGUAGCGACCGAGAAGAAGAAAAUGAAGGAGAGCGGUAAGCUCGACAAGUACGGACGCACUAACGAGCAGACACCAGCUCAGUGGAAGCUGGAGUACAAGGACUUGAACGAGCCGAAUGCCGAGGCGCAGGCUGCUGAAGGUGCCGCCGUGAAGGAAGGCAUUACCGGCAAAGUGAAGGAGCUCACUUCGGCCGAGGAUGUUCUGAUGGCCGAGCCUGUCAACCCUGCUACCGGCGAAGACGAAGGGGCCUCCGAGAAGAAGGCCAAGAAGGAGAAGAAGGAGAAGAAGCGCAAGCACGAGGACGAGACUCCCGAAGAAAAGGCUGCCCGCAAGGCCAAGAAGGCCGCGAAGAAGGAGAAGCGCAAGUCGACGGCCACUGCUGGUAGCGACGACAGCGACUGAUCGACUGACUUCGUUCACGAUGAUGUGCGAGCCCUACCACCUCGAGACGGACGACAGUCAGAGCGAGCUCGAGACUUUGGCCAAAGAGUGGCGGCGUUUCUGUGAUCACAUCACUUUUGCUUUGGAAGGUGCAUAUGGGAGGCAAGAUCGGACAUGAUGAUGGCUCUGUAACUCUGUACAGUACAUGUCCGCUGCAAAUGUUAGGCGCAUGAGCGAUUCGGCGAAAUCGGCGUUCUCGGAGUUGUCAGCUCCUAUACCACGACGUCGAGUAGAUGUCGUCGACGAAUAGCAAUAAGACUAUUACCUGUUCAUCAC